UGCUUUAUUUACAGUGAAAUAAAAAUGCGAACAACAUUUUGUAUAAUAUAUGUUUUACUGAUGUGGAUGGUGAAUGCGGAAAAAGAUGAUGUCUGUGGCAAAAGUAUAUUUACAUCGACAACAGGAUGGUUUACAUCACCUCUAUAUCCACUCAACUACCCAAGUAACCAGUUUUGUGAGUGGAAGAUCGAAGUUAAUCCCGGACAUAUUAUUGAAAUCAAUUUUGCGGAUUUUCAAAUUGACGAUCGGUUCUUGGCAUGGAACGAAACUAGAAAUGACUACUUGGUGAUUUUUGAGAAUGGGAAAGAUGAAGAUGGUGUAUAUUUCUAUACUCCUAUUUUUGAUGCAAAAUAUCGUUCUAAAUCAAAUCGAGUCAGUAUACAAUUUAUUAGUGAUGGCGAUUUCAAUUUCAGAGGAUUUAAUGCUACUUAUGAUAGCUGGAAUGCAAUCGAUUAUUGUGACAUAGCUUCAAUAGAGUCGGGAAAUGUUACGACCUGUGAAGAUGAAAUACGAAACAAUUUUUACAAAACUUGCUACGUGUUAUGUAAUGAUGGCUAUAUUCUGAAAGGCAGUUCAAAGGUCAAAUGUCAAAAUGGGAAAUUCGUUCCGGAAGAGUCAUGUGGACUGAUUGAUUUUGAAGUCAUUUUGUGUGACAUAACUAACAUGAAAUAUUGCAUUUAUACUUCUUACGAACUGGCCAACUAUUUCUCAAAAAAAUCAUCUCGGAGAGAUAUGAGAGGAGAUAUGACGCUUUUGAAUAAAUUUCCUGAUCCACUAGUUUCUGACUCAUUUUACCAGACGCAACAGGGAGAAGCAUUAACAACAGAAAUAAAGGUUUCCUGUUUCGAUGAAGAAUUUUUAGGUUACAGCUAUUGCGAAAUAGAUGAUGACGGUAAAUUUACUUUUCAAUGCUUGGAUUUUCUACAUGUGGACGACGAUUACUUGGAAUCAGCUGCAAAAAAAAUGGAAACUUGUUACAAAUGUCGGGAGAAAAAUUGUCAAAAUAUGGUUUUCAUAAAAACAAUUCAACAACGUAUAUAUUAAAACUAAACAACUUCUCUACUUGAUGAAAUAAAUAUAUCUGUUUCCUAACAAUGUGUACUUGUUGUAUUAUAGUUUGUAAUUAUAAAUUCCUUGUAGUGACAACAACAAACAAAAUAAAUUUAAUAUCAACAUGAAUUUGAACAAACUUUUUGACCUAAAUGGUUGAACCCAGUGGCAGCGAAUUAUUUAAAGCUACAAAGCAAGUUUCUCGUACUACUGACGAAAUGUUUGUCUCGCUAGUGCCAUGGUUUUGAGUUGACGAUUCAUUUCCCGCCAAACGAGCCUUCUCCUCUUUGCCAAUUUUCCAUGGCAUAAGUCUAUUUCUCCAGUUUGGGAAUGCAAAUAUUGCUGCUAUCAGGUUGACAAUGUUAUUAACGUCGUAAAGCAAAGUUGACAAAGUAA